AUGGGGGCUUCGAGUGUGUGGAGGAGGAUGAGUUCUCUGGGCACAUGGCUGUGUCUGGUCAUCUCGGCUUCCCUGUGCUUAUGGGUUGUGGAGGGGACAUCCCGGAGACCGAACAUAGUACUUAUCCUAACAGAUGACCAGGACGUCUCCAUGGGCGGUAUGACUCCGUUGAAAAAGACAAAAGAAUUGCUUGGCGAUAAAGGUGUUACUUUUACCAAUGCGUAUGUUGCCAGUGCUCUGUGCUGCCCAAGCAGAGCCAGCAUUCUGACUGGAAAAUACCCACAUAACCACCAUGUUAUGAACAACACAAUAGAAGGAAACUGCAGCAGCAAAGCCUGGCAAAAGACCCAGGAGCCAAACACCUUUCCAGCUCUUCUUCAUUCAAUUGGCUACCAGACAUUCUUUGCAGGAAAAUACCUAAAUCAGUACGGCGCAGAGGAUGCUGGUGGAAUAAGCCAUGUGCCUCCUGGCUGGAGUUUCUGGUUCGGUUUGGAGAAGAAUUCAAAGUACUAUAAUUAUACCCUUUCACAGAAUGGCCAUGCUAGGAGUUAUGGACAAAACUACAGUGUGGAUUACCUAACUGAUGUCUUGGCUAAUUUUUCCUUGGAUUUCUUUAAUCAUAAAGUAAAUUACGAGCCCUUCUUUAUGAUGAUAGCCACCCCAGCUCCACAUUCUCCCUGGACAGCAGCUCCACAGUAUGAAAACUCAUUCCAGAAUGUCAGUGCACCCCGCAGUGGCAGCUUCAAUGUUCAUGGCAAGAACAAGCAUUGGUUAAUAAGACAAGCAAAAACACCUAUGUCAAACACCUCCGUUCAGUUCCUAGACAAUGCUUAUCGCAAAAGGUGGCAAACUCUGCUAUCUGUUGAUGACAUGGUGGAGAAACUUGUAAAGGAACUCCAGAAUCGGGGUGAGCUGGAUAAUACUUUCAUCUUCUUCACAUCUGACAAUGGAUACCACACAGGUCAGUUCUCAUUGCCAAUAGACAAAAGACAGCUGUAUGAAUUUGAUAUUAAAGUUCCACUACUUGUUCGUGGACCUGGCAUCAAGCCUAACCAAAUAAGCCAGGCACUUGUAGAGAACAUUGAUCUCGGUCCAACCAUUCUGGAUAUUGCUGGCUAUGACCUCAAUAAGACCCAGAUGGACGGGAUGUCUUUUUUCCCAAUUUUGAGAAAUGCUAAUGUUACUUGGAGAACAGAUAUUUUGGUUGAAUAUCAAGGAGAAGGAUCUAAUCGUACUGAUCCCUCUUGUCCAGCGCUAAGACCCGGUGUCUCACAAUGCUUUCCAGACUGUGUAUGUGAAGAUUCUUAUAACAACACUUAUGCUUGUGUGAGGACGAUUUCAGCAGAUCAUAACCUACAGUACUGUGAAUUUGAUGACGCAGAGGUCUUUGUGGAAGUCUAUAACCUGACAGCAGACCCAAACCAGUUGACAAACCUUGGUAAAACUAUAGAAAAGGAGAUCCUUGAGAAAAUGAACCACCGCCUGAUGAUGCUCCAGUCAUGUAGUGGAGCUUCAUGCCGAACUCCAGGAGUCUUUGAUCCAAGGUAUCGGUUUGACCCAAGGAUGAUGUUUACGAAUCAAGAUCAGCAAGGCUACCUUUUGUCCCGAAAGUCUCUGAAACGGCGAAGCCUGCUUUAG